AAAUAAAAAUCAAAUUUUGCGCCACCCAUUUCAAACGGCCGGCGAAUUCAAUUCCCCAAAUCGGGAAUUCUUGAGAAGGGCCGACGUCUGCCAUGGCGUUCGCAGCCGUAGCUUCUCCUCCGUCCUCUCUUUCUCUCUUCCCCACCAGCCGCAGCAGCAGCUGGCCGUCUAUCCACAAGCUCAACAAUGGCUCCUGCGCCAAAAAGACCUACAGUCUCACAGUCAAAUCUUCACUAGAUGAGAAAACGCCUAAAUCGACCGCAGGCAAGCAGAGCUCCUGGGUUAGUCCCGACUGGCUCACUUCCCUGACUCGGUCCCUAACACUCGGUGGCAGAAACGACGAUUCCGGCAUCCCCGUAGCCAGCGCGAAGCUAGAGGACGUCAGCGACCUCCUCGGCGGAGCUCUCUUCCUCCCUUUGUUCAAAUGGAUGAACGAGUACGGGCCGAUUUACCGCCUGGCCGCCGGCCCCAGGAAUUUCGUGAUUGUUAGUGACCCAGCGAUUGCCAAACACGUUUUGAGGAAUUACGGUACUAAAUAUGCGAAGGGGCUCGUAGCUGAGGUCUCUGAGUUCCUCUUUGGGUCGGGUUUCGCCAUUGCCGAAGGUCAGCUGUGGACGGCGAGGCGGAGGGCGGUGGUUCCAUCGCUGCACAAGAGGUAUCUAUCUGUGAUUGUCGACAAGGUGUUCUGCAAAUGUGCUCAGAGAAUGGUGGACCAGCUACAAGCUGAUGCUAUAAGUGGCAAUGGUGUCAACAUGGAAGCCAAGUUCUCCCAGUUGACUCUCGAUGUAAUUGGGUUGUCAGUGUUUAACUAUAACUUCGACUCUCUGAAUACUGAUAGCCCAGUGAUAGAUGCUGUCUACACUGCUCUGAAAGAAGCAGAAGCUCGUUCCACUGAUCUGUUGCCAUAUUGGAAGAUUAAGCCUCUGUGUAAGGUGAUACCAAGACAAGUGAAAGCUGAAAGAGCUGUUACUGUUAUAAGGCAAACUGUGGAAGAGCUGAUCGCGAAGUGUAAAGAGAUUGUGGAAAGUGAGGGUGAGAGGAUAGAUGGGGAGGAAUAUGUUAAUGAUGCUGAUCCGAGCAUUCUUCGGUUUUUGCUUGCUAGCAGAGAAGAGGUUUUGAGUGUACAAUUACGAGAUGAUCUCUUAUCAAUGCUAGUUGCUGGACAUGAGACAACAGGAUCAGUAUUGACCUGGACAUUGUACCUUCUGAGCAAGGACUCUUCUUCAUUGAUGAAGGCACAACAAGAGGUCGAUAAAGUAUUAGAAGGAAGACCGCCUACCUAUGAAGACGUAAAGAAUCUAAAGUUUUUGAUGCUCUGCAUACUUGAGUCUAUGCGCCUCUAUCCACAUCCUCCUGUACUACUGAGACGGGCUGAAGUUCCUGAUGUGCUUCCAGGCGAUUACAAGGUCAAUCCUGGUCAAGACAUAAUGAUUUCAGUGUAUAAUAUCCAUCAUUCCUCUAAGGUGUGGGAUAGAGCAGAAGAGUUCAUCCCAGAGAGAUUCGGCACAGAAGGCCCUUUACCAAAUGAAUCAAACACAGAUUACAGGUUCAUUCCAUUCAGUGGAGGACCGCGUAAAUGUGUUGGUGACCAGUUUGCUCUUCUGGAAGCCAUCGUUGCCCUCACGAUCUUCCUCCAAAACAUGGAUUUCAAGCUUGUCCCAGAUCAGAAAAUCAACAUGACCACCGGAGCAACUAUACACACCACUAACGGAUUGUACAUGAAACUCAGCCAGAGGCAAAGUAAGCAAGCAUCGUUAGCUUCAUCAUCAUCAUCUUCUUCUUCAAGGUAAAUCACAGAAUUGUACAUAAUAUACUCUACUCAUAUCUAUACCUGUAAGCGUGGCAGUUCGUGGAAACUAGAGAUGCAUUCCUGCCAUUUGUCUCUUCCUGAUCGAUCAUAACUGAUCAAAGGAUGAACUUCCUAUAUGAUUCUCUUCGAUAAGUAGUAGCAUCAUUGAGUUUUGCUUGCCUAGUAGCCGUUAGUGCUCUGAAGCUUAUUGAGUGAGGAGUUGCUUUCUUGCGGCCUUAGAAUCUCUGGUGAGUUCCUUCACCUUCCGAAUUGGAAGAAUCAAUCCCCUGCCCCUCUGCAAUCUCUGGUGCCCUAGGCGAUCUCUCGUUGCCAUCAACGGCAGCAAUGUAGCUCCUUCUGGAUCGCUUUUCUCGCUUGAAUGAGGUAUCAAGCGUGAAAUGAUAUCAUGGGUAUCCCUCACGAUCGUCUGAUUAUUAAUACGAUUUAGACGCUUGUCCUCGACUUUCUACUAAAAAAAAAGUGUGAAAUGAUAAAAUGUCAGGCAAACAACGUUGAGUAAUAAAUGGAUUUCAACAUGUCACUUCUCCUAGGAGGUAUUUAAAAUCCAACCAUUAUAACACGAAUUCGGCUCAAAAUCAACCCGCUAAUGGAUUUUGAGAAGGAAUCCAUGAGUCCAAAUUCACUACCCCAUACUGCCCCUAUAAAUCCGAAGUAAACAUCACACGUGAAUCCUGUUUCCACAAAAAGCUGAUACCCUCAUUCAUCGGUUGCGGAAUCUGCCAAACACACUCAUUUUGAAGCCAUCGCAUGAUCCAAUCAAUCGCCAUCUCUCUCGCGUGUUAGUUUUCGAUAAAAGCGGGAGGGGAGAGAAACGAAUUGAAGAAAGAGAGAGAGAGAGAGAGUGAUCCAAUCCAAGCAGCCAUGGAAGACGAGAGCUCGGAGAGCCGGAAGAAAGCCAAGCUGGCGAUAAUCGAGCUCGCCAACAUGAUCAGCGUCCCCAUGUCCCUUCACGCCGUCGUCCGCCUCAAUGUCGCCGACGCCAUCUGGCAGGGCGGCGCCAACGCCCCUCUCUCCGCCGGCGAGAUCCUCUCCCGCCUCCCUCCUCGGACUAUUUCUUCCUCCGCCGCAUCCGCCGGUGAUCCGGAGAAUCUCCAGCGGAUCCUCCGAUUGCUCUCCUCCUACGGUGUGUUCGACGAACACAUUCUCGCCACCGCCGCUGGCGAGGCCGGAGAGAGGAAGUACUCGUUGACGGAGGUCGGGAGAACUCUCGUCACGGAUUCCGACGGGCUCUCCUACGGGUCGUACGUCCUCCAGCACCACCAGGUCGGCCGCUCAUCACCUCUUUCCUCCGGUUUAUUAUUGUGAAUUUGCCACCUUAUUUUGGAGAGACGACAAUUUGAUACCUUAACUUUAUUAAUGUAGUCGCUUGGAACCAACUAUGUUUAGUUUUCUCCACUGUGUAUUAACUAUAGAAGUGGUUGAUAAGGGUAUCAAAAUGUGAUACUUGAAUGGUUGGUUAGGUCAUGUGAUAGUAUUACAUGUGAAACUAUUGGCAUUGAUAAGUCGGGUUUCGCCACUUAAAGAUCACUAGCAAAUUCGGGUUAAAAUUUCACCUUCCGAGAUUUCUAAUGUUACUAGACUACUAUCUUAACCUAGUCUUCCUAGGUAUACCAUAACCUAAAAACUAGAGAUUCUAAUUUCAUACGUCCUUAUAAGUGACUGUGCUUUGUAACAUUAAUUGAAUUAGGAUUUGUAUUUUCAUGUAGUAACCUUGUGAAAUCGACCCCGUCAUCAAUGACGCUAAUUAUGUCUAUGUGUGUAGUCUUCUUCAAAAGCACAAUCCACCUCUUUAACUAGUGUCCUUAUUAGAGUGUAAAAAUGUAGAACUUAAAGGUACCAAAAUGAGCAAAUCAUGAAAGUUAUAGGACUAGAACGACAUCUUCCCUUUUACUCGCUAGUCGCUACUUACUAUACACCUAAUGGCGAGGCGGCAAAAAUGAAAUUGACUGGUCAAGAACUGACGGCGUUCGAGCAGGACGCGCUGAUGAGGGCGUGGCCGCUGGUUCACGAGGCGGUGGUGGACCCCACGACGGAGCCGUUCGCGAAGGCCAACGGCGAGCCGGCGUACAGCUACUACGGGAAGCAGCCGGAGAUGAACGAGCUGAUGCAGAAGGCCAUGUCCGGCGUCUCCGUGCCGUUCAUGAGAUCCAUGCUGGACGGCGGCUACGACGGGUUUGACGGCGUCAAGAGGUUGGUCGACGUCGGCGGGAGCGGCGGGGAUUGCCUGCGGAUGAUCCUACGCAAGCAUCCCAACGUCCUCGAAGCUAUCAACUUUGAUCUGCCCGAAGUUGUGGACAAAGCGCCUGCCAUUCCCGGAGUGACUCAUGUUGGUGGCGACAUGUUCAAGUCCAUACCUAACGCUGAUGCCAUCUUCAUGAAGUGGAUUCUGACGACCUGGACCGACGAGGAAGUGAAGGCGAUACUGUCGAACUGUUACAACGCGCUGCCGGAAGGAGGGAAGCUGAUAGCCUGCGAGCCGAUGCUGCCUAAGGACUCCGACGACAGUCACAGGACGAGAGCCCUGUUGGAAGGAGACAUAUUCGUGAUGACCAUCUACAGGGCCAAAGGCAAGCACAGGACCGAGGAAGAGUUCAAGCAGCUUGGUAUGGCUGUUGGGUUCUCAAAUUUCAGGGCGUUGCACUCUGUGGAUUACUUCCACACCGUGUUGGAGUUCCAGAAGUAGCAGUAGCAGAGCGGAUUAGUUAUGUGAACUCCAAUUUUAUUUUAGCCGUCAUUGAAAUGCUUGGUUAUGUGAUGUGGCCAUGUGGGUAAAUCGAUAAUGUUGGCUUUAUGGAAGCUAUAUUAGCUUAUGAAUAUUACAAGAUACACUAAUUCCCUGGACUAUUUUAUAUAUGUUGUUAUUUAGUCGGAAAAAGGUAUGAAUCAUCAUUUCCUCA